GCCAUGACGGACACCGUGCUCAGCAACAGCUCCAACCGCUGGAUGUAUCCCAGCGACCGACCCCUUCAAUCCAAUGAUAAAGACCAGCUCCAGGGAGGCUGGUCCGUCCACCCGAGCGGCCAACAGGACAGACAGAGGAAGCAGGAAGAACUGACAGAUGAAGAAAAGGAAAUCAUCAACAGGGUGAUCGCUCGCGCUGAGAAGAUGGAGGAGAUGGAGCAGGAGCGAAUCGGGCGCCUGGUGGACCGCCUGGAGAACAUGAGGAAGAACGUGGCAGGAGACGGGGUGAACCGCUGCAUACUGUGCGGAGAGCAGCUGGGGCUGCCGGGCUCUGGCUGCGUGGUGUGUGAGGACUGCAAGAAGAACGUCUGCACCAAGUGCGGGGUGAAGACCUCCAACAACCGCCUGCACCCCACGUGGCUCUGCAGGAUCUGUAUCGAGCAGAGGGAGGUGUGGAAGCGAUCCGGAGCGUGGUUCUUCAAGGGCUUCCCCAAACAGGUCCUCCCGCAGCGCAUGCCUAUAAAGAAGACCAGGCCUCAGCAGCCCGCCAGCGAGCCCUUGGCCCCGGCACAGCCCACCCCUGAGCCUCCGCACACAGCUCGGGCGCCAGCUCGAGGUGACACUGAAGACAGGAAGGGCCCAGGUCCAAAGACAGGUCCUGACCCAGCAUCUACACCUGGGCGGGGAAGCUAUGGGCCUCCUGUACGCAGGGCCUCUGAGGCAAGAAUGGGCUCAGCUGGCCGGGAUUCAGAGAGCUGGGACCACGGCGGGGCUGCCAGUGACUCUAGCCGGAGCCCAGGAGGUCUGAGACGGACCAACUCAGUCCAGGCCGCCAGGCCAGCCCCGGCCGCCGCGCAGAGCCCGGCACCGCCUCAGCCUGGGCAGCCAGGACCCCCAGCAGGCAGCAGGCCAGGCGCUGGGCCUGCGGGACGUUUUCCAGAUCAGAGGCCAGAGGCGACGCCAAGUGACUCCGGCUAUCCAGGAGCCACGGCCACCCCUCGGGAGGACAGAACCGGAGGAGCAGGGGGCUACCCAGCAGGCCCACCAAGGGAGGACCGAGUGGGCCACCCACCUGGCCCCUAUUCCCAGGCAGCACCUGCUGCCCCUCCGCCCGCUGCAGCCCCCGCCCGCCAGCCUGCACCCCCGGAGGAGGAUGAGGAAGAGGCCAACAGCUACGACUCGGAUGAAGCAACCACCCUGGGAGCCCUGGAAUUCAGCCUCCUCUAUGACCAGGACAACAGCUCUCUGCAGUGCACCAUCAUCAAGGCCAAGGGACUGAAGCCCAUGGAUUCCAAUGGCUUGGCCGAUCCCUACGUUAAGCUGCACCUCCUGCCGGGAGCCAGCAAGUCCAACAAGCUUCGCACGAAAACCCUGCGGAACACGCGGAACCCCAUCUGGAACGAGACCCUGGUCUAUCAUGGCAUUACGGAUGAGGACAUGCAGAGGAAGACCCUCAGGAUCUCCGUCUGCGAUGAGGACAAGUUUGGCCACAACGAGUUCAUCGGGGAGACCAGGUUCUCUCUCAAGAAGCUGAAGCCCAAUCAGAGGAAGAAUUUCAACAUCUGUCUGGAGCGGGUCGUCCCAAUGAAGCGUGCGGGGACCACGGGAUCGGCCCGAGGCAUGGCGCUGUAUGAGGAGGAGCAGGUGGAGCGCAUUGGGGACAUAGAGGAGCGGGGCAAGAUCCUGGUGUCCCUCAUGUACAGUACCCAGCAGGGCGGCCUCAUCGUGGGCAUCAUACGCUGCGUGCACCUGGCUGCCAUGGACGCCAACGGCUACUCAGACCCCUUCGUCAAACUCUGGCUGAAACCGGACAUGGGAAAGAAAGCCAAACACAAGACCCAGAUUAAGAAGAAAACCUUGAACCCUGAAUUUAAUGAGGAGUUUUUCUAUGACAUCAAACAUAGUGACCUGGCAAAGAAGUCGCUGGACAUCUCGGUCUGGGACUAUGACAUCGGCAAGUCCAAUGAUUACAUCGGAGGCUGCCAGCUGGGCAUCUCGGCUAAGGGCGAGCGCUUGAAACACUGGUACGAGUGCCUGAAAAACAAGGACAAGAAGAUCGAGCGCUGGCACCAGCUGCAGAAUGAGAACCACGUGUCCAGCGACUAG